AUGCAAGCCGCAAACCGUCUCCAACAAGCUCUCCGCACCGAGCGCGGACUCUCCUUCGGAGCAUGGCAGAUGCUUCCGGGUGCGAACCAUGCGCGGUUCAUGGCUAGGACUGGCUAUGAUUGGAUCUUGGUUGAUACAGAGCAUGGGAAUAUUGCUGACUGGCAGAUGCACGAGGCCGUGGCUGCGAUUGCGGCCGAAGGAGCCAGUCCAAUUGUGCGGAUUGCCGCUAAUGAGGGAUGGAUGGUGAAGCGAGCUCUGGACACAGGAGCGCAUGGUGUUGUCGUCCCGCUUCUUUACACCGCAGAUGAUGCCCAGAGACUAGUCGAGUCCGCUAAAUUCCCUCCUGUCGGACGAAGAGGAUUCGGUAGUCCUUUUGCUAUGGGUAACACAGGGAAGGUUUCCGCGACGGAGUACCUCCAAACCGCCAACGACUCGCUUCUCACGAUCGUCCAGAUUGAGACCAAGGAGGCUCUUGAGAAUGUUGAGGAAAUCGCAAAGGUCCCCGGUAUCGACGUCUUGUUCAUUGGCCCCUGGGAUCUAGGAAACAACAUUGGCCGUCCUGUCUUGGGAGAAUUCCAUGAAGACCUAAGCGCUGCCAUUGACCGGAUAUACAAGGCAGCUGUGGACAAUGGCAAGAGAGUCGGUAUUUACUGCGCGGGCGGUGCAGCUGCGAAGAAGUACGCGGACCAGGGCUUCCACAUGAUCUCCGUUGUUGCUGACGCUGUCGCCCUUCCCACAUUCCUUUCUAACGCUCUUGAAACCGCCAGCUCCUAG